ACAGGGAUACCAUCGCAUCGUAAAAUUUUGAGAGUUUUAUAAACUUCAAAAUGGCGGUCGUAGUUGGAACGUGGUCAUUUAGUAAAAGAGCUUUAGAAGUUAUUGCCGAGGAGUUGACCAAUGGACAAUCUUAUAUAGAUGGCUUAGAAAAGGGAAUUAAUGCCGUGGAGGAUGAUCCAAAGACUGGGCCAUAUUUAGUAGGGCGUGGUGGAUAUCCCAAUUCUUCUGGGAUACUAGAAUGCGAUGCUGGCAUCGUGGUUGGAGAAGGAUGUCAGUUUGGAGCCGUUGCUGGGUUACAAGGAGUUGCAGUUCCAUUUUCUGUAGCACGUCUGGUUCUGGAAAAGUGCCCUCACAGUAUGGUAACUGGAAAUGGUGCCAAAGACUUUGCACAAGCACAUGGGAUUACCAUUGAAAAUCAAGACACAUUACUGACAUCAAAAAGCUUAAAUGAAAUGCAGAACUAUAAAACAAAAAAUGAUACUAUAGGCGUUAUUGUUCUUGACGAUGCUGGUCAUUUGGCAGCAGGUGUGAGUAGCAGUGGUAUGCCAUGUAAAUUACCAGGUCGCGUAGGAGACUCCCCUCUUCCAGGAUCUGGUCUAUAUGCUGACAAUGAGAUUGGAGCUGCAGUUGAGAAAGCCAAAGAAAAGCAGGCACAACAGACAGACCUUUUUAAAAUGACUUUCCUCAA